AUGGAGAUCAUACUCUCCUCAAAGAGAAAGCAAGGGUUUGUCAAUGGAACCCUUGAGAAAGAUACAACUGAUUUAACCAAAGUUGAGCAGUGGGAUACCUGCAACAGUGUGGUGCAAUCGUGGAUAAUGGCUGCAGUAUCUCAGAGCAUUAAAAAAUCAAUCUUGUUCGUAGCAAAUUCAGCUGAGAUUCGGAAACAAUUAAAGACUAGAUUUUCUCAGUCUAGUGGCUCAAGGAAAUACAAAUUGAAUAGAGAAGUUUAUGGUCUCAAGCAGAAAGGGAAGUCUGUAAGUGAUUACUACACUGAAAUGCAAGUCUUAUGGCAAGAAAUAGUUGCACUCAGUUGUAAAGCCCUAGCUUUACUCUCACCUGCAGAUGCAAUAAACAGAGCAGAAACACCCAAACAACAAGGCCAAACAACAGAACUGAAAAAAGGAUAUAUAAAAGAAGGGAAGAUUGAUUGA